AUGGACCAGCCACAUCUGUCUCUGGAUUCGAUGCACCGUGGCGAAGCGUCAACCACUACCAGCACUAAUGGUCACAAGCAGCAGCAGCAGCAGCUCCAACAGAAGCAUGCAUGCAGCAGCACCACCAACAACACAGCCAGAAUGUCGCCUCCUCUACUAUCUACAGACGCUAAUGUAGCAGAGAUUUUGAGCUGCAGUCUGUGCACGUACUCGGAUGUCUGCCUCAUCCCCCAAGCCGGGAUCAUUGUACGAACCUAUCGUACUCGCACGGGAGGACCGUUGAUGCAGGUGCUUGAUUGGGCGCUGCAGCAUUCUAUCGAUUUAGGGCCUCAUCGUCGUGAUGAUAGCGAGAUGAGUGAUCCUGAUGCUGAUGAUGGGAGCGAUGGGGAGACGGAGACGGAGCCUGUGAUGGAGGAGGAAGAAGAGGGUCAUCAGGAUCUAAUCUCGGGGAUGGAUGUUAAUGACGAAGGCACGUUGCUUGUUUCAUGCUCGAUUGAUGGCACUAUACGGGUGUGGGAUGUGUUGGUGGCAGAAUUUGGCGAUGCAUAUCAACGAGAUUCGAAAGGGAAGGGGAAGAAGGGUAAUGCGGCGAAGGAAGGACAGGAGUUCUUGGAGAAGAUGGAUAAGUUUGGGUGUCCUGUCCGCGCACGGAGGUUGCUUACUGGUCAUGUUGGCUGGGUUAAUGUGGUCAGCGGCGGAUCAGACCACACGGUCCGGAUCUGGGACGCCCUCUCCGGCACACUCCUCCAUCUCAUUUCUGACCUCUUCACAACCCGCGAUCUCGACCUCGGAGUCUUUUCCGUCGCCAUCCGCAAGCCCCCUUGCUCCACCCCCACUACCAAUGAAUCGGGUAUCAUCGCUGUCGGAACCGUGAUCGAAGGGUACCAGCUCUUUUCUCUGUCCACAGGGGACCUAAUCAUGGAACUGGACGAGCCAUUGACGUCGCGACAGCAUACCGAGUUCGAGACUGAGACGUACCAGCAGUAUGCGGCCAAGGUUGCGAUUACUGAGACGGUGAUCGUGACGAAUUCGAAAUUGAGGGGGAUGUUUCGCAUUGCUUCGAAACCGAGACGAGUUCAGGGAGAUGAAGAGGACGAGGAUGAAGAAGAGGAGGAGGUGGAGACAAUUCAUACAUUCAAGGUCAACAAGUCGGGGUCGAUGCUGAUGUGCACCCUUUGCGAUGGAAGGGUUGCGUUGUUUGAGUUUGGGAGGAGUCGGAAGAGCGCGACGGAGAAGGAGGUGGUGGUGUCCAUGUUGGACUGUUUUGAUUCACGGCUGAGGUCUGCUUCAGGUUUUGGUGGAGUGACAGUUGUUGGCGAAGACGGUGAUGAUGUUCAGCAGCAUAUUGGGCAUGACCAGGAGCAAGAACAUCCACCAGCAUCCUCAGCGACUGGUGUAGCUACAGUAGAAUCAAUAGUGCAAGACGAACAAGAAGGAGGCGAAGGGGAGGAUGCUUGCAGUGGUGGUGGAGCGUUGGCUUGGAUCUGGUCCCGCGACCGACGUGGUGACCAGCGCGUUGUUCUUGUUUAG